AUGCGGCGCCUGCCGCCCGCGUACGCAGGGCUGCACCUGGGGCAUGUGCAGUUUAGUGUUGACCUGACAACGGAUGCAACUACUAGUAAUACCGGCGUCAAUGGCGCAGACCCAAAGCAACCAGAAGAUGACAGCAGCUUCUCACUGCUCACCUGGAACAUCGAUGGCCUUGAUUUAGGAAAUCAGCAAGACCGAGCUCGAGGAGUCUGUUCUUACCUGGCAUUAUACAGUCCAGACGUGGUGUUUUUACAGGAGGUCAUACCACCGUACCUGUGUUAUCUACAGAAGAGAGCAGGCAAUUACACAAUUAUCCCAGGUAACAUAGAUGGUUAUUUCACGGCUAUAAUGUUGAAGAACUCUAGAGUGAAGUUAGUAAAACAAGAGAUUGUACCUUUCCCAACAACGUCCAUGAUGAGGAACCUUUUGGUUGUGCAUGUGACUGUGGCUGGCAAUGAACUCUGCCUUAUGACCUCUCAUCUAGAAAGCACUAAAGAUCACUCAAAGGAGAGGAUGAAGCAACUGCAAAUAGUGUUUAAAAAAAUGCAGAAGGAAUCAGAGUCCACCACUGUUAUAUUUGGAGGGGAUACAAACCUCAGAGACAGUGAGGUUAAUAAACUAGGUGGCUUACCUAGCAGCAUUGUGGAUGUCUGGGAGUUUUUGGGUAAGCCCAAGCACUGCCGUUACACGUGGGACACAAGCAGCAACAGCAACCUGGCCGCGGCGUACACGUGCAGGCUGCGCUUUGACAGGCUCUACCUCCAGCCCGCGCCUCCUGGGGGGCACAUUGUCCCACGGAGCAUGGACCUAAUUGGGUUGGAAAAACUGGACUGUGGCAGAUUUCCUAGUGAUCACUGGGGUGUCCUGUGUCACUUUGAUGUGGUAUUAUAAAAGGAAAAAGGCUUGUAUUUCUCAUUUUAAGUGUUUUCUUCAUGGUUUUACUAAGUUUUACAUGCUCAGUUUAUAGGCUUGUGUAAAUUUUCAGUCCUAGCAAUUUCUC